UUCUUUUUUUUUCUUUUCCUUUUUUUUAAUAAUAAAAUGGCCUUAUUCAUUAAUGCUGUUGAUUUAAUUAUACCUUCAAGAAUACCGAAAUUAGCAUCCAUCAAUUUCAUUGCUUCUUCACGUGUAUCCGAGACAUUAGCUGCCUCGGGUCAUUUGGCUUUGUCUGCACCUUCUCAAAUAAUUGGACAAUUUCAAUACUUGAAGACCUUAAUUCAUCCCCAUUUGUGCCAAUAUAUCGAAAUUCAUCGAGGAAAACAUGAUAGACUUUUCGUUGUAUCUGAAUAUCAUGACGUUUCACUUCAAAAAACUAGAAGCAUUGACUCACAUGAACAACUGCCAAUUAGUUUAUUUGUAUUGAAACAAUGGGCAUUUGAAAUAUUUUCAGCAUUGCAUUAUCUGAAAGAACAUAAUAUUAUACACGCUUCACUAUCACCUAGUAAUAUUUUGUUAGACAAAGAGAAUCAUAUCAAAUUAUUCAAUUAUGGUUUAUAUUAUAUGACAAGUGGUGGAAGAGAUGUUGAUUUUCCAAUCGGCUAUCCAGCUUAUUUAGCUCCAGAAUGUUUAGAAAACUUGAAAGAUAAACAAGAUGUUUGGGCCACAGGCAUUAUUUUGAUUGAACAAUACUUGAGGAAUUCGUUUUGGACAACAAGUGAUGUGGGUUUAAUUUUUGAUUCACUAUUAACUUUGAAAGAAUGGCAAGAAGAAGAUCCAACAUCAAAUGUCUGGAAGCAUGCUGAUAUUGAAACUUUGGAUAUCAAUAAAUCAAUUCUGAAAUUUUUACAAAUAGAAGAUCAUAAAGAUCCAGAAGAGCAAGCAUUUCACCAAUUCAUUUUAAACUGUCUCAAAAUUUCAACUACAAGCAGGUUUGAUGUUAGACAAGCUUUAUCAUCUAGCUUUUUUGAGAAAGGAUUAGUGUCAGUAGAUGCUGUAAAAUGGGUAGAGGGCCCACUUUUAGCAUCUAACGUGAUAGAACUAGAGACAAUUGAUACAUUAAAUAGCAAAAGUCAAGAAGACGCUCAGGAUAUACUUCAAGAUUUGCCAAUGACACAUAUCUAUCAUUUAUGGAAAUUAGCAGGUGGAGAUGUGGAAUUAGAUCUUGUUAAGAGAGGCAUCUUUUUAUCAACACCUGUUAUUAAACGCCUACCGCGUGCUUGCAUCAUGCCUGAAGGUAUUGAAAUAGGUGAUAAAGUGAUGGAUACAACUCAACUUUACUCGGAUGCAAUCUAUGUCCUUGGUUUUAAAGAAUUAUAUCAACGACUAGAAGAAGCUAAGCAAAAAGGGGAAUCAAAUAAAUUCGAAUGGGAUAUGGAUUAUUUUAUAUUAGUGGAUGAAAAUGAUGCUAAUUUCCUUUUGGAUAAUGAUGAUGAUUAUAAUAGUGAGGAACACGAUGAUAAAGAACUUGGCGAUGAAUGUAUAAACGAUUUGUUAUUCUCUGAUAACUUUAUAUCAACAUCAGAUUCUGUCUGCAAAGUAUCUACGCCAACUACACCUUCUUCUUCUAGGUCAAUAAGUAGAGCAGUAUCAAUGACAAGUAUGGGCAGAUCUCGAUCGACCUCAUCUUUAUCUGUCAAUAGUAUGGCUUCUUUAAACAAUCAGCCUCAUGUCUCUAAACUGCCAUUGUUACUUCGUGAGCAAGAUAUUGAUUAUCAACGCUGUCGGCUAUCUUUGUUUGCAGACCUUUUACGUCAAUAUCCAGCUUCAAGAAAGGAGAUUAUACAGCAUGCUAAAAUAGAUAUUCCGCCAUUAUUAAGAGGGAAAAUUUGGGCUGCUAUAUUAGGUGUACACGGUGACUUGGAAUAUGAAUAUGACCAAAUUAAUAAAUAUAUUGAUAUGGGAGCAGAUAGACAAAUUGAAGUAGAUGUACCAAGAUGUCAUCAGUAUAACCAAUUGUUAGCUUCUUCUACAGGCCAUGAAAAAUUAAGAAAACUAUUAAAGGCUUGGGUAUCAGCUAACAAAAAUUUAGUUUAUUGGCAAGGUCUAGAUUCACUUUGCGCACCGUUUUUAACACUGAAUUUUAAUGAUGAAGCUAUUGCCUUUGCAUGCUUACAGAAAUUUAUUCCAAAAUUUCUUAAUAAUUUCUUUUUAUCUGAUAAUGCACUCGUUAUUCAAGAAUAUUUGGCAGUUUUUCGACAUUUAUUAAGUUAUCAUGAUCCCGAGCUUUCUAGUCAUUUGGAUGCCAUUGGAUUCAUGCCAGAUCUUUAUGCCAUACCAUGGUUUUUAACUUUAUUUACUCAUGUCUUCCCCCUUGAUAAAAUCUAUCAUUUAUGGGAUAAGCUUUUAGUUGGGCCUCCAGCUUUACCUCUUUUUGCUGGUAUAGCCAUCCUGAAGCAGAUCCGUGAUACUUUGCUUUCGUAUGAAUUUAAUGACUGUAUUGUAUUGUUCUCUGAUAAUUUUCCAAAAGUCGAUAUUGAGAAAUGUGUUCAGAGUGCAUUGAAUAUGUGUAAAGUAACACCCCCAAGCAUUUCUUCGAGAGUUCAUGGACCUUCAUCGGCAGAUAAUAUAGAAGUGCCGUUAAAGAUAUCAAUCGAAAUUAAAAAAACAGAAUUAGCUCCCAGAUUGUCUGUGAAGGAUUUACUAAACAUCCUUUCUUAUUCUUUAAUUAUAGAUAUUCGAUCAGAAUCAGAAUUUGUUAAGGGGCAUAUACCAUUAUCAAUAAACGUUCAAGCAGCACAACUUCCUAGUUAUGCUAAUAUUUUAAAGAAACUGAAUCGAAAAUAUCAUGUUGUCAUUGCUAAUGAAGGUGGCCCAGAGUAUGCUGCUGAAUUAGUAAGGAAAGGUUUCCCAAGAGUUGCUUUAUUACAGGAUGGUAUUCAAGCCUUUGAACAAAUAAAUAAUGAAACCGUUCAUCUCUGUAUCUGUAGGCCACAAAAACAAACUACUGCUGGAUAUAAGGGUAAAGGAUCAGAACCACCAUUUGUUAUGUGGCGUUGUAAAAUUCCAUUCAAAAAAAAAUAAAGACUAUUUUUUUUUUAUUAUUAUUAUUAUUAUU